AUGCUUUCGACCUCGCUUUGCUCUCUACCGAGCGAACUGCUCUCGCUUUGGCACAACUACCGCCUCCCUAUACUCUUAUCCACAGUCGCACUUCUGACCAUCCUCCGAAUCGUGGUGCACCUGAGACAGAACCGUGAGAGGCUGUCCCAAUCGCCAGUACCGGGAUCUCCAGCGCAGCUUCCAGAGAGCAAGGAUCCGCUAUUGCUUGCACCUGGAGCCGUUGAGAAGGUUGCGAUCAACGAUGGGCACCUAGAGGAUAUUGCAAUCGCUGAGCCGCCGCUCUUGCGCUCAAAGCCGGGCCCCAAGAGAGUGAUAGGGUCGCGAGUACCACGGCAAGCCUCAAGGCGCACUAUAGAGUUUGACAGCGAGGAGGAUAGAAUCCAACCCGUAAUCUUCUUCUCGUCCCUAUCAGGCACGACAGAGGAAGCUGCCAAAACCCUAGUUAAAGACCUGGAUGCGUGGAGAGGGGCAUCAACUCCAAGAGUACUUCAGCCCCAGCUACACGACCUGUCCUAUGUUGAUUACGAUGACUUCUUCGUUUCCCCUCCCACCAGCGCGCCCAGCACGAAACACUUCUACAUCGUCCUCCUCCCGACUUACAACAUUGAUACGUCCCUCGACCCCUUCCUCGAGCACCUUAAAGAGACGCACCACGACUUCCGAAUCGACACUGCCCCGCUUUCCGGCCUCCUGGGCUACUCGGUGUUUGGAUUUGGAGACAAAGAGGGGUGGCCGACAGAGGAGGAGGGCUUUUGCUCGCAAGCAAAGGAGGUGGAUAAAUGGCUGGCGAGGCUGACCGGCCGCAAGCGCGCGUUCCCGCUGGGCAUGGGGGAUGUAAAGAGCGAUGCGCGACAGCGCCUACUGGAAUGGCGGCUUGGGGUACAAGAAGUACUGCGGGACAUUGCAUCUGGUAAGGGCCUAGGAGAAGGCAUCCCAGGCAGUGGGGCUGCCGUUGAGAGCGAUGAGGAAGACGUCAAAGACGCGGAGGACGACGGCGCAGAGGAGAGCGAAGCGCCUCGAAAGGCUCGGAAACCGAAGAAAAGCGCACGAGUAGACGACCUCGAAGAUCUCGGCCGCAUGGUCAAAUCAUCCACAUCCGGCGACCCCUCCGGUCCCCUUGCCAUAGACUUCACGACCUACAAAUCCACCUCCACCGCAGCCCCCGCUCCCCUCAAAGAGAUGGUGCCCGCAUCCUCGCCCACCUACGCCGCGCUCACAAAGCAAGGCUACACAAUCGUCGGCUCGCACUCCGGCGUCAAAAUCUGCCGCUGGACCAAAUCCGCCUUACGCGGCCGCGGCUCUUGCUACAAAUACUCCUUCUACGGCAUCGCCUCGCACCAAUGCAUGGAAACCACGCCCUCCCUCUCCUGCAGCAACAAAUGCGUCUUCUGCUGGCGGCACGGCACGAACCCUGUCGGUACAACAUGGCGGUGGAAAGUGGAUCCACCGGAGGCCAUCUUCGCCGGCGUCAAAGAGGGCCACUACCGCAAGAUCAAAAUGAUGCGCGGCGUGCCCGGGGUGCGAGCCGAGCGCUUCCAAGAGGCCAUGACGAUACGGCACUGCGCGCUGAGUCUCGUCGGCGAGCCGAUCUUCUACCCGCACAUCAACGAGUUCACGGCCAUGCUGCACGCAGAGCGCAUCUCCACGUUCCUGGUCUGCAACGCGCAGCACCCGGACCAGCUCGCGGCGCUGCAGCCCGUCACGCAGCUCUACGUCUCCAUCGACGCCUCGAACAAGGACGCACUCCGCAAAAUCGACAGGCCGCUGCACCGCGACUUCUGGGAGCGCUUCCUGCGCUGCAUGGAUAUACUGCGCGAGAAGCGGAAGGAGAUGCGCACAGUCUUCCGGCUGACCCUCGUGCGAGGCUUCAAUAUCGACGAGGAGGUGACCGGGUAUGCUGAUCUAGUCGAGCGCGCGCUGCCCUGCUUCGUCGAGGUCAAGGGCGUCACUUUCUGCGGAACUUCCACCUCCGCGGCCGCGGGGCUCACGAUGCAAAAUGUGCCGUGGUGGCACGAGGUGCGGACGUUUGUGCUCGCGCUGAACGACGAGCUGAAUAGGCGCGGGCUGAGGUAUGGACUUGCGGCCGAGCAUGAGCAUAGCUGCUGCGCGCUUAUUGGGAGCGAGGCGUUUAGGGAUGCGGAAGGGAGGUGGUGCACGAGGAUUGACUACGAGGGGUUUUUUAGGUGUUUGGAGAGUGGGAAGCCGUUUGGGCCCGAGGAUUACAGGGGACCGCCGACGCCGGAGUGGGCGCUGUGGGGGAAGGGGGGGUUUGAUCCGAGGGAUGUGAGGGUGGAUCGGAAGGGGAGGGUUAAGGAAGUAAAUUGA